GAUAAGAGAGAAAAAAGGAGGAUUAAUUACAAUAUAUUAGUUCUUAUUUGUUAUUAAUUGCUUUGAGUGUCUCAAAUUAGUGUAAUUGAAGAGAGUUGCUGGGUCCGGCAACCCUAAAACGACCCUAAAAAUCGCAGGUCAAACGGUAACCUGCUCAACCAGUCACUGGUUGACGUAAGGGAAAAGAAAGCUGGGGGUGCACAUUCCGGUCGUAGGGCUCCUAGGUACCUAGACACCUAUAUAAGCGGACGUCUGCGGCACAGUAGAACAACAUUCGCAAAUUACACUUCUAACUGACAACAACAACGAUGAAGCUGGUAAGAGCACUUUGUCCACCUUUCGUCUUCCUGCACAUAUUCGCUAACUUUCCAUCAAAACCAUUCCAGUUACUCGUCCUCUGCUCGCUAGGAGCGCUUCUCCAAGCAUCGAUCGCCACGCACGACAUCAACGUUCCCGUGCUGGUGCCGGUACCCCACAUCAAGAAGGUCCCGAUCAGCAUCCCCAAGUACGAGCACACCAAGGGCGAGAUCAUCAAGCACGUCCCCGAGCCGAUCAUCAAGCGCGUCCCGGUGGAGAAGCACGUCGACGUGGAGAAGCAGGUCGAGGUGGUGAAGCACGUGCCCGUAACGAAGGAGAUCGUCGUCGAGCGGCCGGUGGAGGUUAUUCGCGAGGUGCCGAUCGAGAAGGUGGUCAUCGAGAAGGUGGAGGUGCCGUACGAGGUGAUCAAGCACGUGGAGAAGAUCAAGCACAUCCCGGUCGAGAAGCACAUCGAGGUGAUCAAGGAGGUGGAGGAGAUCCGCGAGGUGCCGUACAAGCGGUACGUCUUCAACAAGAAGCCCUACCCGGUGGCGUACAACGAGCCGGAGGAGGUGCAGGUGCCGUACACGGUGCCGGAAACGGUCGCACCAGUACCGGUGGUGGUAGAACCGGUGGAACCUUCGCUGAAGGACAAGUUCCACAACCUGGCCGGUAGCUACCUGCCCGAUCCGGUCGGUUUCCUCAAGAAGUUUGGCAAGCAUUAAGGAAGGGGGAGUGCAAAACGCUAUUCUGCAGUAUGAAAUUUAAAUAAAGAUAUUUAUUACAAACGAGUAAACCUUUCCCUGUAAUAUUCAAUUUCUUUUGCAGCUGAACGCAUCAAAUGAAAGAAUUGUAAGGCUGACUUUUUCUUAUGGGAAGUGAACUUUAUAGGAGGGAAAUUGGAGUGUAUAUCACGCUUUUUGGACAGACUCUUUGACAAUUUAAACAUAGAACAACAAAAAAUUGAUUUGUCCAAAAAAAGGUGAUAUAGAGUGCUAUUCCCAUCACCUAAAGUUAAUUUUCCGUUAGAAAGAGUCAAAAAAGCGUUCCACAACUAUGAACAGCCUAGGCUAGGGUUGAGUUUGUCGUAUCGUGGCAAAGACUGGGAUUGUCUGUAAGUGACCUGUUCUAAAGGGGCAGGAAACGUAUAGUUCACAUAAGACAAGAAGCUACAAGUGGUAUGUAACUAGUUGGACUGUUCGUCAACCGUAGAGACUUACCGUAGAGCCGGUCUCAUGGUACAGUUGUCAACUCGUACGACUUAACGACAUGCCCGUCAUGGAUGGGUUCAAGCCCCAAAUAGACCGUGCCGCCAUACGUAGGACUGACUAUCCUGCUAUGGAGGGAAAUCAAUAAGUCACUGAAAGCCAAGCCCACAAGUGGUAGGCAGGCCUUGACCGACAAUGGUUGUUGAGCCAAAUAAGAAGAAGAGACUUGACCAAUCAAUACUAUACAAGUAAAACUUUACUUUGGGACGCACUGAUGACAAAAACAUAUUUGAACUGUCUUUAUUUGUUCAUGUCGCAUAAGAACUGACUGGCCUUCAUAUUUUGCUCCUAUGGUUCUAUAGAAAAAAUCGGCGAAAAUUCUCUGGACUAAUUUGUUUAACGUGCCAACGUGCACCAACUCUCGAUCUACGUAGGUUUAUAUGAAUAUAUCACUGCCGCUAUCCAAAAGAUCAUUAGAAGAAAGUAAUGAACUUUGCUGUCAAUCAUUCGACAGAAAUUGAUUCCAGUAGUUCUGUAGGUCUAGCACUGACAUAGACACUUGUUGUUCUUAAGAAACACUCUGCUCAACGCAAAUGAAUCCAACUUGGACGCAUACUAGAGGUCGAUGAACCUAAAACGUAUUAAGCAAGUUAGCUGCAGAUUUAUCACAUUAAGCAGCAGACAAUCGAUAUAUUUUUGUUGAGAAUCAAUAGCAAAAUAAGGCAAAAAUAAUGUAAAACCAUGCAACCUCGCCUCAUUUAAUCAUUUUUACAGGCUUUUCAUGGCAGUUGUUGAACUGAUGUUGUGCUAAUUCUAUUUUUUACGUAUUGACAUACACGCCGUCAUGCCGCUCUUAUACAGGAUAUCGAUACAAUAAUACGUAAUACGUACGUAUUUAGUAUCACGCAGCCUGGUAGUGUUUACUACGGGAGACGCUCCAUACGAGACUUGAACUCAUGACGGGCAUGUUGUUAAGUCGUUCGAGUUGACGACUACUGUACCGUCUCGUGUGCUAAUUAUUUUAUUCUAAUUUAACGUUUACUUCGGACACAUUUGCUAAAAGAAUCCGUUCUCAUAUGAUAACGUAUGAUUUAUAGAGUCAAUAACAAAUAUGGCGAAAUGUUAAUAAAACGCUGUUUAAAUUACUUUAAAAAUCGUCUCAGAUAUGAAGA